GUUUAUUGUAUAAAUUUGUGUGAUGCCAAUGAAAACUAAACACUUAAUCAUAAAAGUUGUAAAGUGCCAGUGAUAUUUUUUUUACAAAACAAAAAACUGCGUUAGGAUACGCAAUAUGUUAGGUAAACUAGUUCUACUGGCAGCCGUUGCUCUAGCGCACGGCCGUCCGGGCGACACAGACUCAAGCGCGCCCUACUUAGGCGCCUCAGACCUACACGCGCCCUACACAGGCGAGACGAUCCCGGGCUCGUCCGACAACUGCCCGGCCGACAGGCGCCAUUGGCUCAUCCCUCACGAAUACGAUUGCACGAAAUUCUACUACUGCGAAUACGGCGUGAAAUGGGAGACGCCUCGGGACUGUGCCCCGGGCACUGAAUUCUCAUACGCAUUACAGGUGUGCGUUCACCCAGCUCAGGCCAACUGCAACUUACCUGGAAGCCCGCCCACCACCACCGAAUCGACUGCGGCCCCCACAACAACUACAACUCAAGCACCUACUACUACUACAACUCACGCACCUAAUACUACCACAACUCAAGCACCUACUACUACCACGACUCAAGCACCUGAUACUACCACAACUCAAGCACCUAAUACUACCACAACUCAAGCCCCUAAUACUACCACAACUCAAGCACCUACUACUACCACGACUCAAGCACCUAAUACUACCACAACUCAAGCACCAACUACUACUACAACUCAAGCACCUAAUACUACCACAACUCAAGCACCUACUACUACCACGACUCAAGCACCUAAUACUACCACAACUCAAGCACCUAAUACUACCACAACUCAAGCACCUAAUACUACCACAACUCAAGCACCAAAUACUACCACAACUCAAGCACCUACUACUACAACCCAAGCUCCAAACACAACGACAGAAGCCCCAACUACGCAACCUUGUAAUACAACCGUCGCUGCUAAUACAACUACACAAGCCCCUAAUACUACGACUCAAGCACCAACUACAUCGGACCCGAAUGUCCUCCCCAAUGGUUGUCCAGCUGAUUUCGGUGUACAUAAGCUGUUACCACAUAAGGAUUGUUCCAAAUUCUACAUAUGUAAUUUUGGACAGAAAGUCGAGAGAGACUGUGCACCUGGAACACACUUCAACCCUGCUCUAGAGGUCUGCGAUUGGCCAGAGAACGCUGGCUGCGAAUCCGGCGGCGAUGAUAAUGAUAACGGAGACGGUGAUAACGGAAAUGGCGAUAACGGAAAUGGCACUCUCCCUAACGGCUGUCCCGCUGAUUUUAGCGUCCAUCAACUUUUGCCAAGCGAGGAUUGCAGCAAGUUUUACUACUGUAAUUUCGGAGAGAAAGUAGAAUCAUCUUGCCCGCAAGGAACACACUUUAAUGCUAAGCUGCAGGUGUGCGAUUGGCCGGAAAGCGCUGGCUGUGAAUCCGGUGGCGAUGAUAAUGAUAAUGGAAGUGGCGAUAAUGGAAAUGGAGAUAACGGAAAUGGCACUCUUCCUAACGGCUGUCCCGCUGAUUUUAGCGUCCACCAACUUUUGCCAAGCGAGGACUGCAGCAAGUUUUACUACUGCAAUUUCGGAGAGAAAGUAGAAUCAUCUUGCCCUCAAGGAACGCACUUUAAUGCUAAGCUGCAGGUCUGUGAUUGGCCAGAGAACGCCGGCUGCGAAUCCGGUGGCGAUAGUAAUGAUAACGGAAAUGGCGAUAAUGGAAACGGAGAUAACGGAAAUGGCACUCUCCCUAAUGGCUGUCCCGCUGAUUUUAGCGUCCACCAACUUUUGCCGAGCAAGGAUUGUAGCAAGUUUUACUACUGCAAUUUCGGAGAGAAAGUAGAAUCAUCUUGCCCUCAAGGAACACACUUUAAUGCAAAAUUACAGGUCUGUGAUUGGCCAGAGAACGCCGGUUGCGAAUCCAACGAUAACGGAGAUGGAGACAACGGAGACGGGGACAACGGAGAUGGUGAAAACGGAAAUGGAGACAACGGAGACGGGGACAACGGGGAUGGUGAAAACGGAGAUGGUGGAGAUAACGGAGGUACCCUCCCCAACGGCUGUCCUGCUGAUUUUAGCGUCCACCAACUGCUGCCAAGCAAGGAUUGCAGUAAAUUUUACUACUGCAACUACGGAGAGAAAGUGGAAUCAUCCUGCCCGCAAGGGACUCACUUUAAUGCUAAAGAACAGAGACAGUCAUAGUUUAAUUUCAAAACAAUUUAUGACUAACUAGCUUCUGCCCGCGACCUCUUUUAUUUCAUUAUGAGAAUCCCGCAUGAACCGAUUUUUUUCUGGAAUAACAAGUAGUAUAUGUCCCGAUCCAGGUAAUAAACUAUAUAAUUAUCAAACUUCAUCUAAAUCCGUGCAGUUAUUUUUGCGUGAUUAUAUAACAAUCAUGUUAACAAAAAAAUUACAUACAAAAUUUGCCCAAACAAGGUUUAAAAUAGUUUUUACGUUUUUUAUUAAAGCCCUUAAAUUUUCAUUUUAAGCUGACAUGAACAUAAAUUAAAUAAAGCUAUUGAAAUGCGAAAUGUUUUUAUUGUUUCAGGUCUGUGAUUGGCCAGAGAACGCCGGCUGCGAAUCCAACGAUAACGGAGAUGGAGACAACGGAGGCGGGGACAACGGAGGCGGGGACAACGGAGGCGGGGACAACGGAGAUGGUGAUAACGGAGGUGGUGGAGAUAACGGAGGCACCCUCCCCAACGGCUGUCCUGCUGAUUUUAGCAUCCACCAACUGCUGCCAAGCAAGGAUUGCAGUAAAUUUUACUACUGCAAUUUCGGAGAGAAAGUGGAAUCAUCCUGCCCGCAAGGGACUCACUUUAAUGCUAAAGAACAGGUCUGCGAUUGGCCAUGGAACGCUGGUUGUGAAUCUAACGAUGGCGAUGGUGAUGGAAAUGGAGAUGGAGGUAAUGAUAACGGAAGUGGAGGCAACUGCGACGGCGGUAACGGAGAAAACUGCAACGGAGGCGGCGAAGACGGCGACAAUGGAAGUGGUGACGGUGAUAACGGAAGCGGAGAUAACGGAAGUGAAGAUAACAAAUGUGAGGAAUGCAACGUCUUACCUUGGGCUCACGACACAGACUGUGACAAAUUCUGGAGAUGCGAAGGUGAAAAAGCUGUCUUAGUCGCCUGUUCCGAAGGUUUACAUUUCAAUGCUAAUGCUGGAACUUGCGACUUCAUUAGUAAUGCAAACUGCAAUAUAAACGCUCAGCCAUUAGCCUAAGCUAAUGGAUUCAAGCUCUUUUUACCACGAAAUAAGGUCGAUAGUGAAAUCUUUUAGAAAAACACCGUUAACGAUUGUUAAGUCAAAAUAUUUUAUUUCGCCUUAUUCAUAAUUUUGUAAAUAAAUAAUAUAUAAGUAAAAUGUGAUAUACAAUGCUCAAACGUCACUUCAAAGUACAAAAUCAUCGUAAGUAUGCAUUUAAACUUAUAUAUAAGUAUUUAUUGAUUUUGUUUAAAAAUCCAUUAUUUAAACUUGAUUUCUAAUUAAUAACAGUGACCAGUCAUUUAAUAUUCUUAACCUAAUUAUGGGAAUGUCGAACACAUUUUGUGAUUUUUAAUCUCACUGGCUGUCCACAGCCUCGUUGGCUUCGAUUACCUGAAAUUAAAUAAUAAAUAUUAUUAAGCAUU